AACACAAACAAAACAAAACCAUAUAUACAAUCAAACGAGUUGCUAGCUUCUUCGAUCGAUUGACCUCGUUUGCGUUCAGUUUCUUAUUAGAUCCUUAUUACCUGAAAUAAUAAUUACUAUUCACAAGUUGGACUUGUGGAAUAAAUUUCUCCACAUAAAUAAUUUUUCUGGGAUAUUAUUGUGUUAAUUAUAAUAUUCUUGGUUGGUUUUCGUGAUGGAAUGGUCUUCAAACUCUGCCACAAAGGCGUACCUUGAUACCCUUCAACUGUGUAACAAUCACAAAAGACAAUACGGCACAUGGAGAAUUCAAAAUCCAGGAAGCAAUGAAUUUUUAUCAGCAUUAGCAGCAGGAAUGAAAGCAAAACUCAUAGUGGAAGUGACGUCCUGCGUAUCGCUAACCACCUUAGCCCUUGCAGCUGCUGCAAGACCAACCGGAGGCAGAGUGGUGUGUAUUCUACCCGAGUCAAUCCUUAAUGAUUCACAACAAGUUAUCAACAACUCAGGGCUUAAAGACCAAGUUGAAUUUAGAACUGAAGACCCCUCCAAGCUACUACCCUUCUAUGAGAACAUUGAUUUCUUUCUUGUUGAUUGCAAGGAUAAUGAAAACUAUGCAAGGUUGCUCAACUUGGUAGAUGUUAACCUCACAAGAUCAAUAGUGGUCGCAAAGAACAUGGUUGGUGGUGAUGGUGACAAAAAAGGAAUAAGAUGGUGCCUAAGAGGAAAGGAUGAGAAAUUAGAAGUAAGAUCUCUAAAGCAUCCUUUAGGGAAUGGCAUGGAAGUUACUAGGAUUAGCAAGAGUGAUAACACUAAUAAUAUGAGAUUUGGUGUUAAAGGAGAUUAUAGCAAGAAAAGGAGAAAGAGCUCAUGGAUUGCCAAAUUUGAUGAGGAGAGUGGUGAGGAACAUAUAUACAGGGUGCCUCAGGUUGAUUGGUUCUGGAGUUAAGUAAUUAACUUAGCAGAUUCCAAUUACUGAAAAGAAAAAAGAAAAAAAAAACUUGUGUAUUUGGUGUCAUGAUUAUGACUCAUGUGUAUUUGACAUGCUGCUAGGAAAUAAUAAUAUACCGAGCCUGUGAAGUGCAUUAGCCUUAGUCAGGAACUAUAUAGAGCAUGUCCUGUGUACAGCUGAAAAAUAUAGGAUGACACACUAAUUACUGUGUAUCUAAAUUCUAAAUCAAUAAUCUUUUAUAAACAUCAAUA